AUGGGCAUAAAGGGCCUUCUGCACUGGGUACGCCAAGUACACCCACACUUGAACGUCCCCUACGAUCAACGGUGGAAGGCUCUCAAGAACAAGCGCGUAGCUCUCCUCAUCAAACAAAUGAAGGAACAUAACGUUCAGCCUAUUGCCGUAUGGGAUGAGCGAGGGGAGCGUCAAUGGAAGGCACCAGAGCGUCUUGCGGCACGCGCAAUGAACAUGGCACGCAAGAUGCACGAGGAACGACGACAGAUGCGCCUCGUCCAGCUCCGCCGCGAGUUGACAACGUUCUCCACAAUGACCCCUGUGGAGCAGUCAGCAAUACGUCUGUGGUGGAAGCACCGCGAGGCUAUCGAGGAAGGUGACAUCAGCGCUCUUGACGUUGCCUCGUCUGCACGGCUGCCACCUCCGGUGGCGGAUGCUCCAACGACGAUUGCCAGCGCCAUCGUAGUGUCCCGCUUCGCAAUCCAUCUCACCCGCCUGACGCGUAUUGUCGAGGCGUACCAGUUUGACAGCAACCCCGAACUCCACGAGGGUCCCGAGGAGACGCUGCUGGAAGCGUUUGAGCAGGAAGAGCUCGACAUUCGCCGAAUCACCGGCUAUGAACGCGCAGAGGAGACGGACCUCGAGCUCGACACGGCGUCGGGCGCAGCCGACAAGAUCGUUGCGACAGCCCUGUGGCUCUCCGAGCCCAACAACAUGCCCUACCUCGAUGCGCGCCUGGCUGCCCUGGAGCCAGCGACGGUGUAUCGCGAGUCUCCGCGACAGAAGGAGCUCUCCGACUCAGAGGGACAGGUCUACGACCUCGUAUUUGACGAGCAGUGCGAGUUUGACUUGGAUGGCUUUGCGAUCAAGGAGGGGAUGGAAAUUCUCGACAGCAUCGAUACACAGCUCCAAGCCAUCUUCAAGACGUAUGACAGCGCGCUGAACGUGCCCCUCGAAGGGGACCACGAGCAGUGCCGCGAGCUCCUCCGGAUGAUGGGUGUGCCCAUCAUCUGGGCAAAUGUGCCGUACGAGGCUGAGGGGCUCGCGUCGAGUCUUGCAACCGCCGGUAUUGUGGACUAUGUCGGAACAGAGGACUCGGACGUGAUUGCCUAUGGCGGAACACUCUUGCGCAACAUUACCGACGCGCGCAAACCGCUCGUAGUCCUCGAAUCUGCGGCCCUACGCGAAGCCACAGGUCUGUCCGCGACCUCGUUCCGCGAUCUAUGCGUCUUGAUGGGUACCGACGCCUCGCCACGAAUCCACAACGUUGGCGCCGUACGCGCCUUCAAGCUGAUCAAGGCCCACGGCUCUAUCGAGGGUAUACUUGAAAACGAGCCUGAGAUUGCUGAACGCGUGCCGGACGUGGACGAGUUCAUGCGCCUCAUCACCAACGCACGCAACCUGUUCGACGACAAGCCGCCUGUUCCCGCAGACUCGAGCUUGAUGGAACAGCAAGCCUGGAGCCACGAGGUGGUACGGAAAUGGCUGUAUGCCGAGCACAGGAUCGUGAUCAACAAUUUGGGCUUCUUUGACGGAUACGAAGUGGACCCGCGAGUUGCCGCCGCUCAGGCAGAGCUGGUGGAGACUCUGGGACAGGAGCGGCCGACGAUCUGGGACGACGACUGGAACGUGGGUGGCGAUGAGGCGGCGCACCAUGCCGAGCAGGUACCCCUUGUCAACGUCCCCAUCCCCGAGGUCAUGGCGCACGAGACGGCGCACGAGGCGUGGCCCAAUGGACUUGUGAGGCCGUAA